AUGUCGGCCCAGGAUCAAUGGUUCUAUGCCUUGAGCCUCUUGUCGCUGGCAUCUUGCAACCGAGCCGCAGAUGCCAUUGGCUACAGCAGCACCAUCAGCGCGGUUGGGAAGGCGAGCUGGACAACAGCUUUGAUCCUCUUGAAGGAGCUCCAGGACUCGGAGCUUUUCGUCCUGGACGUCGUCGCGGUGAAUGCCAGCAUCACCGCGAUGGCUCGCAGCAACCAGUGGCAACGUGCACUGAGUUUGCUCCAGAUCCUGCGAUCCCCGAAGUUUCAGCUGCAUGUUGCGUCCUUCAAUGCAUGCAUCAGCGCGUGUGAAGCCAACGGCUUCUGGCAGCAUGCCAUCACAUUGUUAGAGGAUUUGUGCCAACAGAAACUGACCCCAGAUGUCAUCACCUACUGCUCUCUCAUCAGCGUCUGUGAGAAGGGCCGGCAAUGGCGAGUGGCCUGCUGCUUUCUGCAGUUACUGAGUUCCCCAAACGUCAUCGCCUUCAGUGCUGCAAUUAGCUCGGCGGAGAAAGCACUGCAGUGGACCAUUGCCCUCCGUUUGCUUCAGCAGAUGCGAGAGAUGAGGCUCUUCAACUUGGUGGCCUUCAAUGCUGCAAUCAGUGCUUGCGAGAAAUGUGGCGAGUGGCCACAGGCCUUGGCCCUGCUACGAAGCAUGGCUCAUCUGCGCCUGCGAGCUGAUGCCAUCACGUUCUCCUCGGCCAUCAGCGCGAUGGCCACGGGGGAGCAGUGGGCCAUUGCAGUUGAUCUUUUGCACAGCCUUCGGUUGUCAGAGGCCCGUCCGAAUCUCAUCAUUUACAAUGCGGCUCUUUGUGCCUGUGGUGCUGCAGCUCAAAACGCCUGGGCGCUGCGACUGUUUGGACUGCUGCAGGAGGAUUCGCUGCAGCCAGAUGUGGUCACCUACUGUUCCACCGUGCUGGCCACGACGCUUCCGGCCAUGCUCCUGCAGCGCUUGGCGACGGUGCAGGGCCUGAGUCUCCAGGAAUUGCGCGAGACGAAAAAAAGGAGGACAUUGUUUCCUCAGGAGUCCUGA